GGUGAGUCGAUGACGGUCUGCGAUUGCGCGCAGUUCGAAACAAGCUGCAGAGAUCUUAGCCAGACCUAAACUGUAAUCUGGCCAGUGAGCUGCCCGUAUAAGCAAAAGAAGGCAAUACCAAGUACUGUGCGUGUGUGUGCAACUGUGUGUGCUAACCCUAAAACAAAAAUAAUAAGAAAAAGUAUAAAAAAAAGUACGAAUAACAUUUAAGAAAUUUUUCUUGUCAAAUUAUUGUGGACAUCUUCGGCCAGUUGCGUAAUUGACAAACAAGGCAUUACCAAUAAGGAGCGGCAUACAAAGAAAACUAAAACUAAAAGCCUAAUUAUUUAGUGGCAACCAAAAAGGAAACUGGCAGCAACCUGACACGGGCAUACAAAACUGAUUAAAACAACAUGUCCACCAGCACAUCAGCCUGUGAUUGUUUGGUAGGCGUGCCCACCGGCCCAACGCUUGCCUCCACAUGCGGCGGAAGCGCAUUUAUGCUGUUUAUGGGUCUACUCGAGGUGUUCAUACGAUCCCAAUGCGAUCUGGAGGAUCCCUGCGGACGAGCCAGCUCAAGGUUUCGCUCGGAGCCGGAUUAUGAGUACGAUUUCAUUGUCAUUGGCGGCGGCUCAGCGGGCUCUGUGGUUGCCUCACGUCUCUCCGAAGUGCCACAGUGGAAAGUGCUGCUCAUUGAAGCCGGUGGCGAUGAGCCGGUUGGUGCUCAGAUACCCUCCAUGUUCCUCAACUUCAUCGGCAGUGACAUUGACUAUCGCUAUAAUACAGAACCUGAACCCAUGGCUUGUCUCUCCUCGAUGGAGCAGCGCUGCUAUUGGCCACGUGGCAAAGUUCUGGGCGGCACUUCGGUAAUGAAUGGCAUGAUGUACAUACGCGGCAAUCGUGAGGACUACGAUGCCUGGGCUGCAGAGGGCAAUCCCGGCUGGGCUUACAACGAUGUGCUGCCGUUCUUCAAGAAAUCCGAAGAUAACUUAGAGCUGGAUGCUGUAGGCACGGAUUAUCAUGCAAAGGGCGGUCUUUUGCCCGUGGGCAAGUUCCCCUAUAAUCCACCAUUGUCUUAUGCCAUACUCAAGGCUGGCGAGGAGAUGGGCUACUCGGUGCAGGAUCUCAAUGGACAAAACGCCACAGGUUUCAUGAUUGCCCAGAUGACCGCUCGUAAUGGCAUUCGGUAUAGUUCAGCGAGGUCGUUCUUGCGACCCGCCCGCAUGCGCAACAAUUUGCAUAUAUUGCUAAAUUCGACCGUCACAAAGGUGCUGAUUCAUCCGCACACGAAGAACGUGCUGGGCGUUGAGGUCAGCGAUCAGUUUGGCAGCAUGCGCAAGAUUAUGGUCAAGAAGGAGGUGGUGCUCAGCGCUGGCGCAGUCAAUUCACCACAGAUUCUACUGCUGAGCGGUGUGGGUCCCAAGGAUGAUCUGAAAAAGGUGAAUGUGCGUCCUGUGCACAAUUUGCCCGGUGUCGGCAAGAAUCUGCAGAAUCACGUUGCCUUCUUCACUAACUUCUUCAUCGAUGAUGCGGACACGGCGCCGCUGAACUGGGCCACCGCCAUGGAGUAUUUGUUAUUCCGCGAUGGCCUAAUGUCGGGCACUGGCAUUUCUGAUGUGACAGCUAAAAUCUCCACUCGCUUUGCCCAGCGACCGGAUCUACCUGAUCUGCAAUUGUAUUUUGGCGGUUAUUUGGCCAGCUGUGCUCGCACUGGACAAGUGGGUGAACUGCUCUCAAACAAUUCACGCUCCAUACAAAUGUUUCCGGCUGUGUUAAAUCCCAGAUCACGAGGUUAUAUCACACUACGUUCUUCUGAUCCACUCGAUCCGCCACGCAUUUUUGCUAACUACUUGACCGAUGAGAAUGAUGUCAAGACCUUAGUGGACGGCAUCAAGUUUGCCAUCAGGCUAUCGCAGAUGUCGCCUCUUAAACAGUACGGCAUGCGCAUGGACAAAACCGUCGUCAAGGGUUGCGAGUCCCAUACCUUUGGCAGCGAUGCCUAUUGGGAGUGCGCUGUGCGUCAGAAUACGGGGCCGGAGAAUCAUCAAGCGGGUAGCUGCAAAAUGGGUCCACAACAGGAUCCACUCGCCGUUGUCAAUCACGAGCUGCGGGUCCAUGGCAUACGAGGAUUGCGUGUCAUGGAUACGAGCAUCAUGCCCAAGGUCACAUCUGGCAAUACGCACGCGCCGGCGGUAAUGAUUGCCGAGAAGGGAGCCUAUCUGCUGAAACGAGCCUGGGGCGCCAAGGUCUGACGUGUGGAUGCAACGUGGACGCUGCAUAGAGUAAUUUAAAACAAAAACAAUUCCAUCAAAAAUUACUGCAAGAAAGCUACAAAAUUAAGAACAAAUUAUCUAUAAGGCCUUAAAAAAAAAAUACAAAAACUAUUCUACAUAUUAUACAAUUUUAUACCUAUUAAUUUCAUCCUUUUGGCUAUACUAAUUCAACUACAUCUUAUAUGAUCCUCACUCUAAGCACCGACCUCGUUGCGCGAUUUAUACUACAGUGCCCGACACCUAUUAAGUUAACUUUACGCUAAUUUAACUAAUUUUCCAGAAUAGAAAAAACUACACCCAUUGAAUUUUUUAGAUUUCUCUUGACAAUCAUUAAAAUACUAUUAAUUUUGUAUUCUUUGAAUGAGAAUAUUGCUAUCGCAUGUAUUUAUUGUUCGAUUAAAUUGCAACUAUUUAGUGUAA